CAAGAGCGGAGUGGGCAUCGACUCGCUUAUUCCCUUCGCCACUUCAAACGUCUCAAAGCUAACGCUCCUCUUCUUCCUCCCAAUUCCCCCGAGAUCUCUCGUCAUUAAUGGCGAUGAAUCCUCUGUAGUAGGAUAAGAGAAGAAGAAGAAGAAGAAGAAGAAGCGUAGGCGAAGGGGAGAGAGAGAGAAGGAUCGAGCGACUACAAUGGCGAGGGGGCGUCGGGAGAUCCCGCCCUGUUCGAAGACCUACGGCUUUCCCAUCUACUGCGCCGCUUGGGUCCCCCUCUCCCAGAUCUCCGCCGCCGCCGCCGCCGACGACGACCACGACAACGACAAGAGAGGAGAAGGAGGCGGCGGAGGAGAUCCAUCUCUGCCGCGUCAUAAGGGCGAUCGUUUACUUGUGACGCUCGGCGGAGGCGGCGGCGAGGGGCGUAGUGGGGUUCCCAACGCCCUUGUCGUCUCCCACUUCGAUCUCCGCUCCCGAUCCCUUUCUGAUCAACCGGUGUUUAGGAUGGGAACUGACGCCGAUGUGCCAUAUAGGAUGGCGGUGCAUCCGGGUGGUGAUGGCAUCAUCUGCUCAUUUCCAAAGAAUUGCAGGUUGUUUAAAUGGGACUUUUCAGAAAGUGAGGAAACUCUGUCUCUGAGAUCUCCGGGAGAGACAUUAGAAAAUCUGGAAGAUGGUGGUUUGCAGUUGGCAUUAUCCUUCAACGAAGGAGGUUCAAUACUUGCAACUGGUAGUGAGGACGGGCGUUUGAUGGUCUUCAAAUGGCCCAGUAUGGAAAGUGUUCUUGAAGAAACUGUUGCUAAUACAACUGUGAAGGAUUUGGAUUUCAGUUCUGAUGGAAAGUUUCUUGCAUCACUGAGGAACAGCGGCCCGUGCAAGGUUUGGGAUUUAGCAUCAUCAAAGGUUGUAGCCAAUCUAUCAAGAGAAGAUGGCGAAAUUUUCAGCUUCUGCAGGUUCUCUCGCAGCAGAGCUGAUAGUCAGGUCCUCUUUGUCACUGCAAUGCAUGGUGAUCAAGGAAAAAUAAUCUCUUGGAAUACUACCUCAUGGAAGAGAAUUGGAACAAAAAGGAUAGUCCGUGACCCAAUUUCUGCAUUUAAUAUAUCAUCUGAUGGUAAACUCAUGGCGAUUGGGACAACCGAAGGGAGUAUCGAAGUUCUAUCCUCCGCAAAUAUGCAGGUGCAGACAAGAGUUAAAAAAGAACACCUUGGCAUUGUGACCGCAUUGGUUUUCUCCCAUGAUUCAAGGGCAUUACUGUCUUCAUCUUUUGACUCCACUGCAAGGGUGACAACCAUUGAAACCAGGAAGAGUAAUGGCUUUAGUGCGUGGAUUAUUAUUCUGGUUAUUAUACUUGCUAUUCUGGUAUAUUUCAUGAAGUCGAAGCAAACCCUUUAAGGAUUCUGAUCACCUUGGAAAUUUGUCUUGUGACCAUGGCAAGGGAUCGAAACUUCACGAUUUGCUCUUAUGCUAGCCAAUAUAUGGCCCUAGAAGGAUGAAGACUUUACUCUGAAGAGGAAAUUGUCUGAUCAUUACACGUUGAUUAGUGGUCGUCUUUGAUGAAAGCUCCCAGCCAACUGAUGUUUCAUCUUCUCUUGCUGUGGAUUUUGUGUGUUCUCUGCCUCUUCCGAGUUAUUCUGACGCAAACUCGAGAGGUAGAAGUUCCCAUUUUCUAAAGCUGAAGUUCAUGUGAACUAACAAAGACGGAAUAGGAACUAUCCAUAUGCGUUAUGGAACUUGUUAGAUUGUAUCGAAAAUGAGAUAGUAAACACAACACUUUCUUAGCAGUAAGUACUCAAAUAAGUGAAUAAAGUCAAGGGCAUCGUAUUCAAUGAAGUCAAGGGCAUAGUAGUUGGUUGUGUGUUACACCCUUGUUCUCGUGGUACAGUUUCCUUUGUUCUUCUUUUAUAGAUCUUUUGUUAGCAACUAUGAUCUACAAGGGUAAACAGCGUGCGGUAUCAAUAAAAUUUUUGUAUCAAAA